AGGAAAUAUUGUCAAUUUCAAUUUGUUCCAAUUCGCAUGUGUGUAGAAAAGUCUCCUGUAAGUGUCACUCAACAUAUUGGGCCAGGAUCCUACGACAAUGAGAAGUAUACAAACCUGGCAUAUGUUCAAAAUCGAAAGCCUGUCAGCAAAAAAGGAUAUAGCAUGGGAGCCAGGACCGAGUCACGAUCGCCAUCAGUAAAGAUGGAGACGCCAAGUCCAAGUGACUACCAGUCGGUCCAGAGAAAACCUCCCACAGUACCACCAUUCUGGGCUACUUUUGGCAGCAAAGUCGCACAAUCCUUAGUAAACAAAACUGAUGCCACAGAAAAUCCAGGCCCUGGGACAUACGAGGGUGACGCAAAUGUGGGAAGGAAAAUAAUUUGGCCUGGAAGAUUUGGAGCCCCUGAUUGGUCGAACAUUCCAGCAUAUUCAAAGAAGACUUUUAGAGCGAAGUUGGCAGAAGAGAGAGCUUUCAACAAAAAGAGGCAUAGAAUUGCCUACUGGAACCUCUAUAAGUGA